AUGACUUUUGUUUUGAGAACUGUCAGGAAAGUUCAGCUCCUGAUUGUCCGGCAAAAGACCACUCCAAAGAACGCAGACAGUAGUAAAACCUGUCGACUCCAUAUGAACCAUGGGCAUGAUACAGAAGAAUGCAACAUAGUGAAAGAUGAGUUGGAAAGACUCAUCCGCGCAGGCUACCUCCAAAAUUAUGUCAAGGAAAGGACAUCCACCAGAGUAGCAACUCCCAACCGGAAGGAAUCCUCUCGACACAGCCUAGAACGAUCGCCUCCCAGGGACGACCGGCAAAGACGGCGGUCCCGAAGCCAACCUCGACGCUCUGAAAGGGAAAGAUCGGUCCGGGGACGGAUCGAUACCAUAUCUGGCGGCUUCGCAGGAGGAGGAUCGUCAGCAUCUGCCCGGAAACGACACUUGAGACAGUUGAAGUCGGUGCACAUGGUAGAUCGAAAACCUCGAUCCAUACCCGACAUCACAUUUAUUGACGCCGAUUUCCACGCUCCCGACCCUGAUCACGAUGAUCCCAUGGUCAUCACAGCCGAAAUAGCCCGCUACGACGUAAGCAAGGUCCUCGUUGAUCAAGGUAGUUCGGUCAACAUUUUGUACUGGACAACCUUCAAGAAAAUGGACUUUUCCGAGGACCUGAUAGCCCCUUUUAAUGAGCAGAUUGUCGGCUUCGCAGGGGAGAGGGUCGACACUCGGGGAUACCUAGACCUACGGACUCGACUCGGCACAAGCAGGGAUGCGCCAAAGCUUAGAGUCAGGUUCCUGCACGUGGAGGCAAACACCUCGUGUAAUGCUUUGCUAGGCCGACCUUGCUUGAAAGCUUUCGGAGCCAUCGUAUCCACCCCGCACCUGGCCAUGAAAUUCCCCACGGAACGGGGGACUAUAUGUACCGUAAGGGCUGAUCAGUGA